AUGUUCGCCCGCAACCUCUUCGUCAGCCUUCUCGCUGCUACCACUGCCUCCUCCUCACCUAUUGCCGAGGACGCUACCCUUGCGACCCGCCAGACCACGUGGACGUGCCCUGACUUCGGCCAAGGAUUUGCCGGUCGCCCGGUCGUCACACCAGCCACCGCCAACAACGGUCGCUGUUGCACGACAGGCUGGAGCUACAUUUGGGGCGAAGGGCGUGAGGCUUGCUGUCGCAACGAUCCGGCCCUACUCGAGGACCCGACUUACAAGUACGCGCUACCCUGCAGCAGCGAGUUUUGGGCUACAGGUGAUAAGGCUCUGCUGCUGAGGAACUGCAACCUCUCAGACCGGCCAAAUUACCGCUGCAGUGCCGCCUGCGAUGGCGUCCCGUGGCUGUACCCUACGCCGAAGCCCUGUCCGGCCAAGAACUAA